AUGCCUGACGACACAUCCAAAUCAACAUCUAUUCCCUCAUGGCAGAGACCUAAUAAGACAGCCGAGGAGUCGCCAUCGACCUCCGACGAUGCGCCCGCAACUACAGCCUCCACAUCCCGACAAGCUCUCCUAGACCAGGCCUCCAAAUUCCUAGAAGACGAGUCAAUCCGCGAUGCACCAACAGAUCGCAAAGUCACAUUCCUCGAGUCAAAAGGCCUGACCUCAGAGGAUAUCGAGCAGGUCCUCGGCGUUUCCCGCAAUGCAGAGGCGAGCAGCUCAACCACAGCCGAGGAUAAGACACAGGAAGCGACACCAUCUCCCUCACCUACUCAAUCCGAAGCAACCCCUUCUCCCCGUACAAGCUCCUCGCCACCUUCCAACGCCAUGCCUCAAUCGCACCCAGCACCAGCCCCGACUCCCGCCCCCCGCGACGUCCCCCCAAUAAUCACCUACCCCGAAUUCCUCUUUGAGUCCUCCAAGCCGCCGCCCCUCGUGACAAUGCGCAGCCUUCUUUACACACUAUACGGCGCCGCAGGCCUAGGAGCAAGUCUCUACGGAGCAAGCGAGUACAUAGUGAAACCCAUGCUAGCGAACCUAACGAGCGCACGACACGAGCUCGCCAGCACAGCAGAAGCAAACCUGCAAAAGCUAAACGAAAAGCUGGAGAAGACCGUGUCUGUUGUCCCGGCAGAGUUAACAGCGCGCAAGCUCAAGCCCUACAACGACGAAGAAGACGAUGCCUCGUCAAUCACCUCAGAUCCAACCGAGCUGUUCCACCGGGAUGUCGCAACGCAGACGAGUCCAGAGCUGACUCCAGCUCCCAGCACUACCGGCGCCGUCAACUCGGCAGACCCGGCAGCCAUCUCUCCGUCGACGGCGGUUAAUAACCACAUCAGCCGUGUUGAGUCUAUCACCUCCAAACUGCGCGAGAUCGUCGACUCGGAGAAGGAUGCGAGUACGCUAGAUGACUCUAUGCGUACGCGUCUCACGGAGCUGCAUCAUUAUUGUGAUGGGUUGAUCUACAGUGGUCCUACAUACUCUUCUGGGUCGUCGUAUGGGGUCUGGAAUUCUAAUAACUCGGCCUCGAGUGAUAGCUCUGGUCUGCGGAAGGCGGAGGAUGAGGCUAUUGCUGGAUUUAGGGCUGAUAUUCGCGGUGUGAAGGGUGCGCUUUUGAGUGCGCGUAACUUCCCUGCUAGUCGGGGUGGACGACUUGGUGGUCUUCCUGUCGGUGGUCGUUGA